AUGGCCUUCCGCCUGUGGGUGGUCACCUUGGCUGUGGCUGCCCUCCUGGUUGUGGACAGAGAGGUGCUGGUGUCAGCAAGAAAGAACAAUUUCUCAAGAAUGCCCAUCUGUGAACACAUGGUGGAGUCUCCAGUCUGUCCCCAGACGUUCAAGCCAGUCUGUGGCACUAAUGGGGUCACGUAUGAUAGUGAAUGUCAGCUCUGCUUGGUCCGGAUGAAAACCAAGCAGGACAUCCAGAUCAUAAAGGAUGGCAAAUGCUGA